GGAGAGUCCACGCCGAGUGAACGCCAGGGAGGCGGCGCGCGACGUUGCGCUUUCGGCGUGCGGGUGACGUCGUCUCAGCUGAAGCGAUGACGUGAGCGGCAGUCAGCGUGCGUGCCGCCUUUCCUCGUUGUGCUCGCGACUGGGUCGGCGCAUGCGCAGAACGCGCCCCUCAAGCUUCGCGAGCGGGCACCAUUUUGCUGCGCCGGGUUUGUUUUGCUGCUCGGAGCGUCCGCCGCCUCACCGCUGUGCUACAAAGGCUGUGUUUGGGGGCGACCGCUGGUCGUCUGCCGUGCCCCCUGAAGAAAGUGGAUAGUAAGCCCAUGGUCAAGAUGUCGGCGCUCAUGUCUCGGAGUCACCGCCAGCACUGCUACCUGUGCGACCUGCCCCGCAUGCCGUGGGCCAUGCUGCACGAUUUCUCGGAGCCAGUGUGCCGAGGCUGCGUCAACUACGAAGGCGCUGACCGGAUCGAGGUCGUGUUGGAAACCGCGCGCCAGAUGAAGCGGGCUCACGGAUUUCCCGAGGCCGUAGCGCGACCCCUCUACAAAGGAUUGAACGGAGCGCCGCCCGAAGUGGUGCCGCCGCCGCAGCAGCAGCAUCGUGCAGCGGCGCCGAACGCUCCGGCGCCCAUGGCACCCGUGAUGGACCGUUUCGAGCGUCGCAACGCCAUGCUCGAGUACAGCCAGCGUAUGCGUGGUGCCGACCCGAGGGCCGCACAGGCUUCCGGCGUCGUGCCGUGCAAGCGCGAGCGAGACGACGACGAUCCGCCCGAGCCGUCCAACAAGCGGGCCGCCGCUCUGCAAGCACUCGACGAAGCUGUGCCGCCGCGACCCCCGCUCACGCGCGGCGAGUCGCUGCCCACCGCCGUAAUGGGGGUGCCGUUCGACGUGCGCUACAAGAAAGAGAUGGUGGGACGAGUGUACUCAUUCGACGCCGCUACGUCGCUCAAGAAUGCGUCAGGUUAUCCGAGCGUGUGCAGCACUCCGAGCUCGACGGCGAGCUCGCUGUCGCCGCUGAGCAGCCGCGCGGCCCAGUCGCCGGACAGCGGAGGCGCCCAGCAGAACGGCGCGCCGCCGGGACCCAUGGCGGCCCUGCUCACGGUCGCCGAGGCGGUGCCCCCGACGUCUCCCAGAAACGGCGUGGCGCCCGCGGACUCGGCGACGGGCAGCGGCGUGGCGGCGACUCCCGGACGUCCACCGCGGCAGUCUCCGCCGGCCGCGACUCCGCCCUCGGUGGCCGCGGCGCACAAGAAGUCGUCGCGACACGCCGCCGCAGCCGCCGUGGCAGCCGCGACAGCGGGAGGAGACCCCGACUGCGGCGCCAUCUCGGCGCCGACGUCGUCGUCGUCGUCGUCGUCGUCUGCCGCCACCUCGUCCGAGUCUGCGGCGGCGGCUGCGGCAGCGGCCGCGGCCGCUACGCUCAAGUGCACGCUCUGCCAGGAGCGACUUGAGGACACGCAUUUCGUGCAGUGCCCGUCCGUGGGCCAGCACAAGUUCUGCUUUCCGUGCUCCCGGGACAGCAUCAAGAGUCAGGGGGCGGCCUCGGGCAGCGAGGUUUACUGCCCGAGCGGCGAGAAGUGUCCGCUGGUCGGUUCCUCCGUGCCCUGGGCCUUCAUGCAGGGCGAGAUAGCCACCAUCCUGGGAGACGAGUACAAGUUGACCAGCAAGGGUGCAGCCGCCGCGGCAGCCGACACCUAGGCCUACCUCUCGGCGUCAUCGGGGUGGCACUGCUGCCGUCCCGUUUUGG